AUGUGUAGAGGUGGACGACCUUCUUCAGAUGUAUGGCAAUAUUUUGAAAAAAAUACAUCUAAAUCAAAAGGUCACUAUACUGCAAAAUGUAGAUAUUGCUUGAAAUUUUGGAGAAGAGGAAUUCCAGAUAAAUUAGAAGCACAUCUUGCACUUAAAUGUGAAAAAGUUGAUAGAGAAAUUUCUCAAAUAUAUUUAAAAAAACUUGCAACUAAAAAUUCAGUAUCAGAUGUUGAGUCUGAAGAUAAAAUGUCAAUAAGUACAGCAACAAAUUCAAGGAAUUCCUCUAGCUCUAAAAAAAAAAGGAAAACCAAUAAUAAUUUACAUUCAUAUUAUGAAAAUACUAAUUGCAAUAUUGAACAAAAACAAAAAUUAGAUCAGGCCUUGUUACGUGCAUUUGUUGUAUGUGGGAUACCUUGGAAUGUUGUAUCUAACCCAUUUUUUAUGGAUUUUAUGAAGUUGGCUAAACCUGGAUAUGAUCCAGCUACACGUAAAGAAUUAUCAGGGUAUGCCAUGAAACAAGGAAAUUUUCGUCGAAUAUGUGAUAUUGCUGUUUCAUAUGUUUCAAGGUUAGGUUUUACAGAUAUAGCUGUUAGCCAACUCAUCAUGCAAAUGCGUUCAUUUAAGGAUGAUAUUGAGAAAACCAUGUUUUAUGUACCAAAAAAAAAUAAUGAUAUUGAUUUUUCUAGUGUGGCUAACUCAGAAACAGUCAUCGAUGGAUUGGAUCUCGAAGAAGAGGAAUCAUUUACAUCACUUGAAUUAGAAGAGGAUCUAUCUGAUGUUUCUGAUAACAACAUUGAUAAUAAUAAUUUAUCAAUUGAAUCAAUAAUUGAUUUAUCAGUAUUAAUUUCAGGCAGUGAUAUUUCAGCCCAAGAUAUAACUAGUGAUAUAACUAGUCCAUUUGCAGAAGGUAUAACUGAUUAUAAUCCUCAUGAAUUAGUUGCUAAUUUGGUGACAGAGGAUGAAUAA